CUUUUUGGUAGAAAUUCAUUUUUGCUCUCUUUAUAUUUGUAAUGGCUCAAAUAGCAUCAUUUGUAUCCAAAUUACACCCUUUCCAACCGGAAUUUAAAGCUACCCCAGUUUAUUUUAAUGCAUCAUCUCACCAGGCAUUGGUAGAACACCAUCACAGUGAUAAUUAUCUCGCUUCAAAUGAAGAAAUACCCACAAUUGAUUAUUCUCUAUUAUUAUCUGAUGACACUGAUCAAAGAUCUAUUGCCCUUGAAUUGCUUGGCCAAGCAUGUGAGGAAUAUGGGUUCUUCUAUCUGGUAAACCAUACCAUGCCAGAUGAUGUACUCAACAAUGUAUUGAAACAAGUUUCAAAUUACUUUGAUCCAACAACAAUUGAGGAGAGAAUGAUCUACGGUAAAAAGGGUUCAUCAGAUAAAAUCCGAUGGGGCCUAACUGCGAAUGAUGGGGAAAAUAGGGAAUAUCUCAAAGUUAUUGCACAUCCUAAGGAUCAUGUUCCAUCCGAUCCAACAAUUCUAAGAAAUAUUAUAGAAGAAUAUAACCAAGAAAUGCGAAAGAUUGUAGCUGGGUUAGCAAGAGAAAUUUCAAAAAACUUAGGGUUUGAUGAAGACUACAUAGAAAAAGCAUUCAACAUGAAGUCAGGGUUUGAUGUGAUGGCCAUGAAUCUUUAUCCACCAAAUUCUAAAUCCAAGGGUAAUAUUGGUCUCCCUAACCACACUGAUCCUGGAUUUGUGGUAACCCUAAUGCAAGAUGUAAAUGGGGGUCUCCAAAUCCUAUCACAUAAAGGAAAGUGGAUUAAUGUUAAUAUUCCUCAUCAUGCUAUACUCAUUUAGCUUGGUGAUCAUCUUGAGGUCUUAACCAAUGGAAAAUAUAAGAGCCAUGUCCAUCGAGUUAUUGUUAAAAAGAACAAGUUGCAAAGGAUCUCUGUUGUUACUCUUCAUGGGCCUUCGUUAGACAAAUUCAUUGUCCCUGGUACAGAAUUUGUUGAUGAUGAAAAUCCACAAAAUUACAUUGGAAUGACCUAUAAAGAAUCAUUGGUAGCAAAUGGUGGCAAUGAGAUUGAUGUGGAGUCAUCGCUUGAGCAGAUUAAGCUAGUGUAAAAUGUUAUAAUAAUUAGAAGUUGUAAUAUAUAUACACUCUUAUAUAUUGAUUAGAAUUCGUGUGGAUCUCAUCAUAAAAAUAUAUUCCAAUAAAUUAUGUGGAUAUGAUAUGGAUUUCAUGUCAUAAGAAUUUUUAUUGGGAACAAGAGAUCGCAUUGAAGAGAGAGUGAGAGAGUAUAUUACCUAUAGCUUGCUUAGUGAUAAGGUAUUAGUCUUGUAAUCUUAAGAGAUAUAGUUCAAUCUCCUUUGUAGACGUUUGUAAAAUAACCAUUUGUGUCACUUAUUAAUAAAUAAUGAUUUACUAUGUUCA